AUGUUGUCUAAAGCAAUUGCUCAAUAUACUGAGCAUAGGACCUUGUCCGAGCCUUUACCUUCCGGUCCUGCUCCCUUCACCUCAUCCGAAUUCUUCAAGCUGUGUCGACCAGGGUCAAAGCCUAGGUCUAAGAACUGGGAUCAUCACCUCAGCACAGAAUGCCGCAACCGAUUACCCUCGAAUCUGAAAGCUUCAGCCAGCAGUGUCAAGCCUGGCUCAGACGGUGCACCCAUCAUCCCACAACGGCAGAUCAGUCUGGGAGCUGGAAGACCGAUUCCAGAGUACUUCCCUUGGGAUUCACUGGAGCUUUCUGGCAGACAGUCGAGGGGAAAAGGUGAUGAGAGUGUGGUUAUGCCUUGUACGAGGGGAGAGCAAGAUUUCGACUUUGCUGUUGCGUUGAACUAUGGUUAUGCUGCUGGGUCGCCACAGUUGCUGAGAUUCAUUACUGAACAUAUCGAGAUGAUUCACGAUCCGCCAUACGAUGACUGGGAGACCUGUUUGACAAGCGGAACCACAUCGGCGAUGGAUACGGUGUUCCGCAUGUUCUGCGACCGAGGAGACUGGAUCGUCACAGAAGAGUACUCCUACCCAGGAGCAAUCGAAGCCGUGACACCGCUGGGUAUCAACAUCCUCGGCAUCAAGAUGGACGGCGAAGGCCUCAUCCCUGAAGAUCUGGAGGCGAAGCUGCGUUCUUGGGACCCAGCUAUGGGACGCAAGCCGUCGGUGAUGUAUAUCGUUCCUUGCGGUCAAAACCCUACCGGAGCCACACAAUCUGCGGAAAGGCGAAGGAAGAUCUACCAGAUUGCGGAAGAGCAUGACUUGUACAUCAUCGAGGACGACCCGUAUUACUUCCUAAAGUUACACUCGAGACCAGAUGAUGGAGACGACGCGCCAAUGCCGAUUGACGAGUACCUUCGCCAGCUGCCUCCAUCAUACCUCUCCAUGGAUGUUUCUGGCCGCGUCGUGCGCCUAGAUGCUACAUCCAAGAUUCUCGCGCCUGGACUCCGAUGUGCAUGGAUGACAUGCUGCUCUCAGAUUGCCGAAAAGUACAUGAAUUACACUGAAGUCGGCAGUGUCGCUCCUUCCGGGUUCUCUCAGGUCGCCAUGUACAAAUUGCUCGACGUGACUUGGGGUCAUGAGGGCUUCAUUCGUUGGCUCGCAUUUUUGUCUCAUCAGUACCGCCAACGUCGAGACGCUCUUGUCUCGGCAUGUGAGAAGUACCUGCCACCAGAUCUCUUCACAUGGGUCGUUCCCGAAGCCGGCAUGUUCCUCUGGCUUCAUCUUCAAUCACAAACAUCACGUGUCUCGGGCUCAUCGGCUUCAGACCGUUCAGUUGAGAAAGAGAAGAUGGCGUUGCUGGAUCUUGAAGAGAGAAUCUACAACCAGUCAAUGGAGAAGGGAGUAGUGAUAAGCAAGGGCAGUUGGUUCGAUGCUGAUCCUGAUCAGCUCAAGGGCAUCAAGCUUCGUCUGACAUUUGCUACUGCGCCUCUAGAUAGCUUUGACUGGGCAGUCAAGCAGUUCGCGGAUGCUGUGAGAGGCGAAUUGUCAAAAUAA